AUGAGUAGUACUGAAUUAGCUAUAAUGAAACAAUCAAAUAAUAAUAAUAUUAAUCUAUAUCAAUCAAAUCAUAAAUAUCAAUUACCAAUGAUUAAUACAUUGAAUGAUUUAAUUAAAACUAUCAGAAUCAUCUUUAAUAAAGAUCAUAUUGAUAUUAAUGAAAUCAGUACAAUAUUAAAAGAUUUUGAAUGUGAUUUUUCAGAAUGGAAAAAAUAUUUAUUUUUUAAUAAAACAAAAUACACACGUAAUUUAAUAGAUGAAGGCAAUGGAAAGUAUAAUCUUUUAUUAUUAUGCUGGAGUGAAGAUCAAGGUACAGGAAUACAUGAUCAUGCUGGAGCUGAUUGUUUUGUCAAAAUUAUAAAAGGUCAAAUAAAAGAAACUAUUUACGAUUGGCCUAAACAUCUCAAUCCAGAAAAUUCAUAUAACUCCACCGAUGAAACUAAUUUUCCAUUAGUGGUAAAAUCAGUGGAUGUAUUGAAACCUGGUGAAGUCACUUACAUGCAUGAUAAGAUUGGAAUACAUCGUUUACAUAAUCCAAGUAAAACAGAGACUGCUAUUACAUUACACUUGUACUGUCCACCUUAUACAGAAUCUAUGAAUUUUGAAGAGUCUACUUCAAGGACAAAUAAAGUGAAUGUGAUAAUUCAUAGUAAAUAUGGUAAAUGUAUCGUGUAA